AUGUUCACCAAAUCCACCAUCCUCUUGACCCUCGGUGCUCUCGCCACCUCAGCCUUGGGUGCAGACUUGACUAUCUCAACUCCCGCUUCCCUCAUCCAAUGUCAACCUGCUCUCCUUUCCUGGACGGGCGGUACAGCCCCUUACUACCUCGCUGUCAUCCCCGGUGGUGAACCUUCCGCUGCUGCCUUGCAAGACCUAGGUGAACAACAGGGAAACUCUCUCACCUGGACUGUUAACAUCGCUUCGGGUACUUCUAUUACCUUGAAAGUCACGGAUUCUACUGGUGUAGUCAAUUACAACCAGGCUGUUACUAUUCAAGCUGGAUCUAGUGAUUCGUGCUUGACUGCUGCUGCUACUAGCUCUGCAGCUUCUGCCUCGACCCCCACCGCUGUCAGUACCGCCUCUGCUGCUGCUGCCGCCGCCGUAACCUCCGGAUCAGCAUCAGCCGCUACCACUUCAGCUGCUGCUUCAUCUGCCGCUAUGAGCUCAGCCGCAGCUUCUUCCGCUGCUGCUUCCAAAGCUUCUUCAGCUGCUGGAUCAGCCUCUGCUGCUGCCUCCUCCGCCAAAUCAGGUGCCGCUUCUGCUGCUUCUGCCGCUGCGUCAGCUUCUACCUCUGCCAAAUCAGGUGCUAUGUCCACCAAGUCGAUCGUGAACGGCGCUGUCGUUGCUGUUGCUGCUGGUAUCUUGGGUCUUGCCCUUGCUUAA